AUGAACCCAACGCCUGUCUUUUGGUGUAUCGCCGGGCAGGGUUUCGCCCUCCCAGAGCUCUGGUUCGUGUUCCAGCAGACCAAGUUCGUCUUCACUGACGCCGGCGGAAAGCAGGGCUUCGUGCGCAUGGAGUACCCGUCGGAAGGGUCGCUCGAGGCAUACCUGGGAUGCCGGGGGUGGGGGAACAAGGCCGCGCAGGCGGCGGCGGCGGAGCGGUGGGGGCCCAACGUCCUCGACAUCCCCAUGCCGGCGUUCAUGACGCUGUUCGCGGAGCACGCGGUUGCUCCGUUCUUUGUGUUCCAGAUCCUCUGCGUGGCGCUGUGGAGCCUGGACGACUACUGGUACUACGCGCUCUUCACCCUGGUAAUGCUCGUGCUGUUCGAGGCGAUGCUGUGCCUGCAGCGCCAGAAGAACCUGGAGAUGCUGCGCUCCAUGCGGAGGGAGCCCACCCUGGUGUACGUCCUGCGCGCCGGGCGCUGGCAGAGGGUUUCCUCGGAGGCGGUGACCCCGGGGGAGGUGGUCUCCCUCGUGGCGCGACCACCUACGGUGGCCAACGCCGUCCGCGAGAUGCAGCAGCGCGCGAUGCGAAACCGUCACCGGGCGGGGCGGCAGCAAGGCUCGGGUUUCCCGAGAGGCGUUGGCGGGGCAGCGGGAACCGGACUGGGCAUGGACCAGAUUAUGUCGAGCGGGGACUACGGGCUGCCGGGAGGAGGAGGGACGAUGGUAGGGGACGAGGAAGCCCUGGCCCCGUUCGACGUGCUUCUCAUGCGAGGGAGUUGCGUGGUUAAUGAGGCCAUGCUCACCGGGGAGAGCGUCCCCCAGGCGAAGACGUCGCUGUUGUCAGCGGGGGGUGCGGCGGGCGGCGGCUCGUGGGUUAAGGUGGAGGACGGAACCGACUCUCCCCACCGGAAGCACGUUAUCUUCAGCGGUACCAAGGUUCUUCAAUACGCCGCCGACGACGACGACGGCGGAGCGGUCGAGGGUCCCGGCUCUGAUUUGGCGGGGCUCACCCCCCCCCCGGACAAGGGGUGCCCGUGCGUCGUGCUCAGGACCGGGUUCGAGACUAGCCAGGGGCAGCUCAUGAAGACCAUCCUCUUUGCCACCAAAAGGGUCGCCGCUGGCAGCGACUGGGAGACCGGGGUGUUCAUCUUGAUCCUCCUCGUCUUCGCUGCAGUAGCGUCGGCCUUCGUGCUCGCCGAGGGCCUAGCGGACAAGACGCGAAACCCUUUCAAGCUGGUCCUCCACUGCAUCAUGAUCCUGACCAGCGUCAUCCCCCCGGAGCUCCCUAUCGAGCUCAGCCUCGCGGUGAUGAACUCCCUCACGGCGCUCACGCAGUCGCUCAUCUUCUGCACCGAGCCCUUCCGGAUCCCCCUCGCCGGCAAGGUGGACGUCUGCUGCUUCGACAAGACGGGGACCCUCACCUCCGACAACCUCGUCAUGAAGGGGGUGGCGGGGGCCCCCUUACCGCCUUCCGAGAGGGGGGCCCGCGGAGGGGACGCCACGGUGGAGAGCACCCUCGCCAAGAACCCGCCGGCGGCGGCGACGGCGGCGGGCGACCCGGCCACGGUUACCGUCCCCGUCGCCGAGCUGGGCGAGGUGCCCACCCGCAUCCUGGCGGGGUGCCACUCGCUGGUGACCCUGAACGGCUCGCUGGUCGGAGACUCGGUUGAGGUGGCGACCCUCAAGGGCCUGGGCUGGGCCUGCCUGAGGGGAGGGCUCGUCGCCCCUCGGGCUUCCGCCAAGGCGGCGAGGGAAGCCUGGAGAGCAGCCUCAGGUAGCGGCACCCCUGCGGAGGGCGGUAGCGGUAGCGGUAGUGGCGGCGGCGGCAGCGUUAGCGGUGGAAACGGCAGCGGCGAUUCGACGGCGGCGGCGGCAGCGGCGGCGGACGGUGCCCUGCAACCGCUGCAGGUGGUCCACUCGUGGGCCUUCGACCCGUCGCUGAGGAGGAUGUGCACAGCGGUCCGCCUGGCGGAGGGGGCGCAUAGCGGCAGCGGCGGUCAAGCCGGGCAGCAGCAGCAGCGGGCGGGAGCCCCGGCGGCGGCGGCGGCGGGGGGGGGACCUGCACAAGAAAAGGGUGGGGUUCCCCCGUUUCACGACCGCCUUUGGGUCGUGGCGAAGGGCGCGCCGGAGUCGCUCGAGCCGCUGCUGUCGGACGCGCCGCCCAACUACCGCUCCACGUUCUUGCACCACAUGGGGCAGGGCUCGCGGGUGCUGGCGCUGGCGUACCGCGCGCUCGAGCCCCGGGUGGACCUAGCCACCUGCCGGCGCAUGCGGCGCUCCUCAGCGGAGCGGGGGCUUCGGUUCGGCGGCUUCCUGGUCCUCGGCUGCCCGCUCAAGCCCGACGCGCCCUACGUGGUGCGGGAGCUGCGGGAGUCGAGCCACUCCGUGUGCAUGAUUACCGGCGACGGUGCGCUCACCGCCGCCGACGUAGCCAGGCAAGUCGGGAUGAUCGACCAACCUCCAUCGCGGACCCUUGUCCUCUCUCGGACGCCGGCAGGAGGGGGCGGUGAGAGAGUAGCAGCGGCGGAGAGCUUGUCCGCGGAGGCGGCCGGGGGAAGCCCGGACGCGUCGUCGCUCUGCUGGGUUUCACUGGCAGCGGGGGGGGCUCCGUCGGGUGGGGGGGGUAGGGUUCCUUUCGACGCCGGAGGGGGUGGGGUACCUUUCGACGCCCCCGGCAUCGCGGCCCUUGCCGAGCGCCACGCUCUCUGCGUCACAGGCGACAUGCUGUCUCAGGUGUCCGCGGUUACCGGCGCCGGCGGCGCCGGCGUUGACUUCACCGCUGCUCCUGAAACUCCUUCUUCUUCCACCAAGAAGGGCUUGAAGCUUCCGUCGUCGUCCUCUUCCUCGGAUGAUUUGCCGGCGAAGGCGGCGGCGGCGCACUCGUCCGCCCUGUCGGCGCUGUGCUCGCACGCGACCGUCUUCGCGCGCGUGUCGCCGGCGCAGAAGGAGCUCAUCAUCGGGGAGCUGAACGCUUCUGGCCACACGACGGUCAUGUGCGGGGACGGCACCAACGACGUCGGGGCUCUGCGCCGCGCGCACGUCGGCAACGUUAUGUGGAUCUCUAUCGUGAACUCACCGGAGUUAGAGCGACGCCUGGAGGCUUUCCUCGGCGACGGGCAGCAGCAACAGCAGCGGCGGCGAAAGAAGGGCACGGAGGAGACAGCAGGCAGCACCAGCAGCACCAGCGGAAGGAGGGGUAAGAAAAGCCAGGCGAAGCAGAGCAGGCUGCUGGCGUCACGAGAGAUCGAGGAGCAGGAGAAAGACCCGGCGCUGGUGAAGCUAGGGGAUGCUUCGAUAGCGUCCCCAUUCACAGCCAAAACCACCUCGGUCGGGUGCGUGCUGGCGGUGAUAAGGCAGGGGAGAUGCACACUGGUUACCACGCUCCAGGUCUACAAGAUUUUGGCACUGAACUGCCUGACGUCGGCCUACAUGCUAUCGGCGCUCUACCUCAAGGGGGUCAAGCAGGGGGACGGCCAGAUGACCGCCCUCGGCCUGGCCGUCUCCGCCCUCUUCUACUUCGCCAGCCGCUCGCACCCCCUGCGCCGCCUGUCGACGGCCCGGCCGCCGGCGCGAAUCUUGUGCCUCCCGGCCUGCCUGUCCGUGUUGGGGCAAUUCGCCGCUCACCUGGCGUCGCUGCUGGUGGUGACGCGGCUGUGCGAGGGCCAUGUCAACCCGGAGGACCCCUCUGUGAUGCCGGACGGGCCGUUCCGGGCCAACACGUUCAACUCGGCCGUGUUUCUUCUGUCCGCGGUCAUGCAGGUGAACACCUUCGCCGCAAACUACACCGGGCACCCUUUCAUGCAGUCCCUCGGGGAGAACCGGGCGAUGUGCUACCUCGUCCUGGCCUGCUACGCGACCCUCCUCGUGGCCGCGUCCGGCCUGGCCCCUUCCCUGGAGUCGUGGCUGCAGCUAGCGCCGUUCCCGGCAGGGUUCCGGGGACCGCUCCUCGCGGUCCUCGCGGCCGACACGGCGCUGGUGUUUGCGGUGGAAUACGGCACCCGGUGGUAUGCGGGGGGAUUCGGCGGUGGUGGGGCGGGUGUCGUCGUUGCUGCUGCCGGUAGCGGUAAGACUAGCGGCGGGAGAAAUAAGUCGCGGAAACGCACCAAGCGACCCAUUGGGUGAGUGGCUAAAAAGAGCUGCUCCCGGAGCAGCAAUGGUCAUGUUUGAGUUCAGUUUUGCUAUAUGUGGAAAGGGCGUUCGUACGUGGGCUCCUUGAUGCUGCUGUUCGCGAUUCUACGUGUGAGUGUGGUGUAAACUGCGAUGAUUAGUGUCUGCGACGGGAGUAGCCAGAGGCGGAACUACGCUUUGUACGGCCUUAAUCUGGUGUUACUGGUGUGUUAUUCUAUGCCUUGUAGUAGUCGGAGUUCCGCGUUUUUGUUGAUUUUGCUAGGUCGUUUAUUUUCUUUGAUGUUUCGCAAGCAUUGGUACCCUCUUGGGCUGGCGUGUGGCGUGCUGGUUGUUGGAACGCAAUUAGCUGAGACAACAACAACAACUAACCCGUC